GCCGCAGUCAACAAACCUCAGUCUUGUUGCAUUAGCGGCAGUACAUUUGUUGUUAAAAAUGUAUCGGUUUGUGCUUUUCCUAACUUUAUUUUCCUACGCAGCGUCAAAGUCUGAGCUGUCAUGUAGGCAUAUUCGCGAAUUCGUAGAUAGACAUAAUUAUUGGAGGUUGAAAUUGGCGAAGGGAGAAAUACCUAAUCAACCGGCGGCAUCGGAGAUGAAGUAUAUUAUUUGGGACGAAGAGUUGGCAGCUAAAGCAGCUCAAUGGGCCUCCAAUAAUGAAUAUAAGCACAACCCGGAUAAAUCUGUCGGAUCAAAUCGCUUUUUUACCGGUGAAAAUAUAUUCUCGACAGCUUCCACUGAUCUGUCAUACAAGUUUGAACCAAGAAGUGUAGUGGAUUCCUGGUUCAGUGAACACAAAGACUUCAACUAUGGACCUGUGGAAGCUUGGCAAUUUGAGUAUUCUGCUAAAGAGACUGGUCAUUACACACAGGUGGCAUGGUCCGACUCUAUUUAUUUAGGCUGUGGGGUCUCUAAAGAAUAUAAAAAUGGAUGGCUCAAUUACUACGUUGUAUGCAACUAUGGACCGACUGGAAACUUGGGCAGGGCUCCCUAUCCCGCCGGACAGCCGAGUGGCCAGCUCGUAUGUGCCAACGACUGCAGUAGAUUCUACGGGGACAAGUGUUCCGUAUUCAAUGUAUUUUUGCGAUAAGAUUUUUUAGAAUAUAAUUAAGAGUAUUUAAGAUGACAAAUGAAACGUAUUUAGUAUUAUUCAACUUUGUAUCUUUCCUGAAUAUUUGUAUGAUUUUUUAAAAGAAAACUACGUUGUCAAACUCAUGGUAGAAAUACUAAAAACAAGGCUUCAUUACUUUCUAAGCUGUAUGCAUAUUUUUAAUCU